AUGCUGGGUUCGAAAGACGUUAGCGCUGUGCGCGUGGCGGGCGAUGUUGGAGAGCGAACGCGGCCAGAAGCCGAUAGUGAUAUCGGCGACGAUUGGUCAACUGUGCCAUGGAAGAAUCAGAUCAAGCAUGACCUACAAUUAUCAAGACAUCGCAACGCCUACACUGGUGCUUUAGUCUUCAACGUCUGUAGCUUCGUCCUGCCGGCGCUUUACUCUACACUGUCAAAGCUAUGGGUUGCCGAAUUCGACUCCUCCAUGGUAGUCACCACCGACUCCUACACGUACAUCGGCGUCGUUGCUGAAGUCCUCAACGAAGGUCUUCCUCGCGCUGCAUACCUUAUCAUCGGCGAUCGCACCUCCCGGUCAUUUCGCGAACGCCUUCAGCUUACGCAUACGCUCAUCCUCUUCCAAUCUACUCUUGGCUUAGUCAUGAGCUUUGCUUUCUUGGGAGGCGCAUCGACGUUCGCAAAAGGCUUCGUCCCAGUUGAAGUCCGGGACGCAAGCUUGACAUAUGUCCGACUCGCAGCGUUCUCGGCUUUGAGCUCGGCGAUCGAGUACGCGGUGGGCACAUCUACGAGGGCACUGGAUCGACCAGACGUACCUCUUAUCAUCAGCUCGACCAAGUUUGCCAUCAACAUCAUUUUAGAUCUGAUCAUCAUCUCUAAGUUUCAUGUGGGCGGCAUAACGCCUACAGUCAACAUACAAGCAGGUAUACAGCUCGCCUGUAACCUGACCUCUGCCUUUGUAGGCCUCGCAUACUUCGUGUAUGCGACCAGCCUCAAAAACACAUCCGCAGCCCGCAGAGAUCCAUCUGAUAUAUCAUUGAAACCUUCAUUUGCCGCUCUCAAAACACUGUUGAAGCCCGGCUUCGUCUUCUUCUGGGAGUCCGCUAUCCGAAACGCGCUCUACCUCUGGCUCGUCCAUGGAAUCGUGUCUAUGGGCAGCAACUACGCCACCGCCUGGGGCGUUUUCAGUACCAUCCGAUGGGGCCUCGUCAUGGUACCCGUACAGGCCCUCGAGGCCACAACAUCAACCUUCGUCGGCCAUUCUUGGGGCCAGUUCCGCAACUCUUUGUCCGCGGCGAGCACGAAACACCAAGCCAGCUGGCACCAGAUAUGGGGCAUCGCCCGUUGGGCUGCAUACUCCGUCUCCAUCGCGCUCGCGUUCGAGGUCCCACUUUGCCUGCUCAUGUCCUUCCUCGGUGCUCGUCCAUUCGCGCAUUAUCUCUCCGGCUCGGAUGAGGUCGCCCGUAUUGCGGCGCAUAUGUGGCGGACAAUCGACUGGUGCUAUCUGUGCUAUGCGGUAUCCACUCAGCUGGCAGCUGUACUGAUGGCGACGCGGCCGGAAUGGUAUCUCUACCAGUCGCUGGUGUCAAAUAUUUUCUACGUACUUCCUUGGGCGAUUGUGUGCCAAGUGACGACGCUGAACCCGGGAGACGCGUGGACGUAUCACAGCGUGGUGUUUGGAGGAAGUCUGGUGUUUUCCUUGUUCGAUGUGAUGGCAUUCGAUGCAGUGUGGGCUAGAAGGUUACUUAGGAAGAAGGCUCUAACCAGGGUAUAA